CAGUGCUUUUGGUAUGGCAUUCACACCUAACCUCAUUUGCUGCUUCUUCUUUGUCACUUACUUACCAUUACUGUUAUUUGUUUGUGCCCCCUUCUCUUCUCUUCUCUCUUCUCUCUUCUCUUCUCAACAUCAAGGACUACUGCUAUUACUGCCUGCAACUUCUGCUACCAUUUCUCUUGUUCUGUCCAUUUUAAUUAAUGGCCACCACUCCCACCACCAUUCGCUCCUCCUCUUCCUCCUCCUCCCUCCCUCCUCCCUCCCCCAAGUCCCCGCCGGAGUACCCAGAUUUGUAUGGCAAACGCCGUGAAAUCGCCAGAGUUCAGAUGCUAGAAAGAGAGGUUUCUUUUCUUCAGGAAGAAUUAAAGUCUGUUGAAGGCCUUCAACCAGCUUCAAGAUGUUGCAAAGAGGUUGCUGAUUAUGUGAUUGCAAAUGCAGACCCUCUGCUACCAUCAACCAAGAAGAACCGCCGGUCGCGUCGAUUCUGGAAGUGGCUCUGUGGCAUGCCCUGUUUUAACCUCUCUUGGAUCUGCUGCUGCUGUUGCUGCUGUGAUGUAAAAUUGCCAUGCUGCUGUGACUGCAAACCAUGCAGUUCCUGUAGUUGCAGCAGUUGUCUUCCAUCCAUCAAUUGCUCACUACCAAAGUGGAGCUGUUGUUGCCCUUGUCCAAAAUCACAUUGCUGUAAAGAUAGCUGUGGUUUGGGAAAAUGUUGUACUUUCCCAAGUAGUUGCAAAUUUGGGUUCCCAUCAUGCCCCUCUUGCUGCAGUUGCAAAUGCACUUGCACUUGUUCUUGCCCAAUCUGUCCAAAGGUAAGCAAGUGUUGCCGUUGUACAGAGUCAUGUUGGAAUCCUUGCUUGUGGUGUUGCUAGCUAGUAUAUACUGUACUUUCCAAAAGAAAAAGCAAAAAAGAAAAGAAGUUUGAAGCUAUA